UUUUUUUGACAUAAACUACAAAUUGUUGUUAGCGUAUGUUUCAUGAAGUUUUCCAUAACUUCUGAUAUAAGAUUAUUGAAUAUCCAUCUGAGUAUGAUCAAAAUCAAAGAUAAUUCAGUGGACGGUCCUUUCUAGAGAAACCGUUAGAAGAAUCCGUUGUGUUUCCGUUUGAACGAUCUAGUGCACAUCAGUCAUCUAAGUGCGCGGAACCACUCCCGGCUGGUCUUAACGUGUUACUACCGCGAGAUAACAAAAUGGCUGUAAAUGUGUAUGCAACAAAUGUGACCACCGAUAAUCUAAGUCGUCAUGACAUGUUGGCAUGGGUUAACGAUUGUCUGCAAUCAUCGUUUACCAAAAUUGAAGAAUUAUGUACAGGAGCUGUUUAUUGUCAAUUCAUGGAUAUGCUCUUUCCUGGAAGUGUACCUUUGAAGAGGGUAAAGUUCAGGACUAAUCUUGAACAUGAAUAUAUACAGAAUUUCAAAAUUCUUCAAGGUGGUUUCAAAAAGAUGAGCGUUGAUAAGAUAGUACCAAUUGACAAGCUGGUGAAAGGCAGGUUCCAAGACAACUUUGAAUUUUUACAAUGGUUCAAGAAGUUUUUUGAUGCUAAUUACUCAGGAGCAGAACCCUAUGAUGCGCUUGCUAUGCGAGGAGGUGAAGCCAUGGGUAGUGGUGGAAAUGCUGCACCACGUGGCUCUAAUGUGAAACGUCCUACACCUCGUGAAGUAAACCCAGCUAAACCUACCGCUCGUACUGGUGAUGGAACUCAAUCUGUACAGGCACCUAUUAUGAAGCCUUUGAACAAACCUAUGAAUAAAGCUCAAUCAUUCCGCCCUCAACAAAAGACCGGAACAGCAAAUCGUGGAGAUUCCGAAAAAGUAGAAGAGCUCAGUGCACAGCUUGUGGAGCUCAAAAUGUCAAUCGAUGGUUUAGAAAAAGAAAGAGAUUUCUACUUUGGAAAAUUACGUGACAUAGAAGUAAUAUGUCAAGAUUGUGAGAAUGGUGAUCCCCCUCCCAUUAUACAAAAAAUAUUAGACGUUCUAUAUGCAACAGAGGAUGGAUUUGCACCGCCAGAAGAAUUAGAGGGAGAUGGUUUGGCCCCUGACGAUGAAGAAGAGUAUUAACAUUUUUUUACUAUCAUAAAAACAAGGACACAGUAAAUCAUCCAAGUGCAUUCUCCUCCCUGUUUAUUAUAUCUGCGAGCCAGUAUCAGUACUCCUUGCAUAAUUAAUAAGUCCUUCUGUAUAGUUGUUCAAUCAUUUGUGCGUAAGUUUUGAAUUCACAAAUAUUUAUAUUUCACAUUUAUAUUUACAAAAGAAAUGAAAUUCACAAAUAUUUAUAUUUCACAUUUAUAUUUACAAAAGUAGCCUGAAUUGUGAUGUAACGAGCAUGUUAAUUGUUCAUUUUGUCUCUGUAAAGUGCAAAGUGCGUUUCUGUUUAUAAUUGCAUUCUACAUAUGUGUCGAUAAGCGUCGAAGCUUCUAUAUUUUGUUUUAUCAAAUGUCUAUAUUUUUAGAAUAUCAUGCUGUUAAUCCACAGUUAAAUGUUAAUAAUGUCACUCGAGGCAUCACUUCGUGUGCAAUUCAAGUGAAGAUUAAAGUCCAUUUUUUGAUGUGAGAUAGUGCUCUACGCUAAUUAUACCGAUGUUGAUUUUAAUUUUUGUAAUAUAACUGGAAUAUAUGUAAGAAAGUUUUAGUAUUUGUGGUGCAAGAUUUAAAAAAAAUAUAUCCUCGUGAUUCUUUCGUCAUUAACGAUGCGAUGGCACAAUACGCAUAAUUAAGAGAAAAGUUAAAUGUAAAAGAAAACUAAUCACAAACGAUAAAAACGAAAACGUAGAAUUAGUUGCAAGUUUUUUAAGAAAAACAUUCUUUUAUAUCAUAUUCUCCAUACUUAGGUUGAAAAUUAUCUAUUUACAUAUUAUUAAAUUUAAUUCUUACAACUUUAUUAUAUGCUAUACUUUUAUUAAUAACAUUUCAUGUAUAUCAUACGUUCUGAAAAUAAUUGAACAGUCCUCUUAAGUAAUUUUCUUGAUUCACUAACAUAAGUCAGAUUAAUGAAACGAACAUGUUUUACACGAUCUCACGUUGGACAAUAUACUAUUCAUCUUGAUGAUAAUAAUAAUAAUAAUAAUAAUAAUAUUCAUAUUAAUAAUUAAAAUAAUAAUAAUACUAAUAGAAAAUUCGCUAAACGCUUCUGGUGUUAAAUCUUCAUUGAUCGCAAGAGAUGUGGGUUUGUCAACUCACACAUUUUAUUUAUUUCAAUUAACGUAUCUAUGAUAAUAAUUAUUGUUAGAGCAAUGCACGUGAUUAAAAGAAAAACAAAAAAAGGACAUUACUCAUUGUCAAUGCUAAAUCAAAUCUUAUGGAAAAUUUUCAAUUGCGCACAAAGCGGUUUUGAAUAUUACAAUGGAUUUACCAUUUUUUUUAAUGCUACUAUGAGAUAGUUCUAUAUAUAAAACGAAAAAAAAAAUUAACAUGAUACAUAGUGUUUCUUAAGAAUAUAAAUUUGCAAAAUUAUGUGGUAAAAAAAUACUAGGAGUUGGAAGAUAACAAAAAUAUGUAUGAAAGGAUGAAAAGCAUGGAAGAUUAAUCAAACGCGUGUAUGAUGAUGGUAUGCAUCGUGUAGUACGUAUGCUCUUGCAAAUUUUAAAUUCAAUCUUCAAAGGGGAUUGAGAGAAAACGAAAUAGUUGGAAUUGGGUUUGUUAAAAAUUCUAUGUAAAAGAUUAAAAGACACCAAUGAUUUUUAAACGAUUAUCUUAAAAAGAAGAAGAAGAAAAAAGGAACUGAAGAAAUAUCCCGCCUAUAUCGUCGAAUUACAAUUAAAGAAAAUCAAUUAACAUUAUACGUACGACUUGCUCUGAAUAAUCUUUUCGAUAAAAGAUAUAGUUUUUUGUUUUUUUUUUUCAGCUUGCGCCUUAUUCAUUCGUAUAUGUAUAUGUGUACAACAAAGUUAUUAAAUAACACGGUUGUGCUUCGAAACUGCAUUCAACGAUCAUGUAAUAAACGUUUAAUAAAAUUAACAUGGGCGCUGUUACACGUAAUUUGUUUGCAAUUUUUCUAUUAAAAAGAAAAAAAAUGAAAAAAAAAAUUGUGCUUUAUCGUAUUGCUAUUGAUAAAGAGUCCGCUUUACAAUAUAUGAAGCUCGAUGAUGUAUCGAUACUCUCAUGUCAAAUAUACGAAGUACAUAUCCAUCUUUUUGCACAUUUCAAAUAUCAACAAAUAAAUAUUAUUCAUUAGGAUU